CCAUUGUUUUUAUUUCCUGUACUCCGGCUGCUGUGCAGUGCAGCGGAUGCACACGGAUCCUGACACUAGUAGAGCGAAGUUGAUGCAUGAAAACACCAUAGAGAAAGGCGCAAGUUUUGGGGAGCUUGCGCUAUUGGGAGACGGCACGCGUACGGCCACCAUCAUUUGUUGUACCCAGACAGAACUCUUCCAGCUGGACAAAGCCACCUUUAUGGAGAUAUGCCCCGGGAUCUUUGAGGAUGAACUCGAUGACAAAAUGGAAAUCACAAGAGACCAAGACAUGUUUACAAGGUUCAUACCGGCCAAGUUGGCGAAGACCCUGUGUUUCAAAUCACAGUUGGUAGAAUAUCCAAUAGGGAGAGUUAUAGAGAAGGAUUGGCGUGAUGCAGCUAACGUCUACAUAGUCCUCAAGGGACGAAUCGUCCUCUACUGCAAGGUGGACUUGAGAGCGGCAGCCAAGAAACGGGUGGGCAGGAAAGUGAGUCGAAUCAGCGUGACUGCCAACAUGAACAAGCCGCUGCCCUGGCCUUCGGACAUGAUAGGCAAGGAGAAUACAAGGUUCGCUGCUAUCGGCAUGCUGCAGAAAGGCGACCAUUCGGAUUUCCGUAUCUUAAAAGAAAGUCUCACCAAAGAUAUGUCCUCCGUCAUAAUGAUAAGUGAGGGCGCCACCGCGCUGAAGAUACCCGUAUCCACGUUCCAGCUCACUAUCCCCAUCACUAUGGUGGAUCACUACUUCAGGGAGACAACCGACAGACAACCCGAACUUCCACCAGCGGAAACCAUCUGCAGACGACUGUUGGAAAACCUAAACUGGCAGGGCUACCGGGCUAAGAUAGUAUCCACCUUGAGGCAAGAGCAACAUGGCGCCCCAAUGGCACAAAUACCCGCCUCCAAGAAGGGCUCCAGUGGAUGGUCAAAAUGGCCUGGCUUCGUCCGCACUACUCCAAAGGAGAAUCGGAGUAAUCCAGUGAGCCCUGGAGAACAUACUUUGGAGGCACCACAUGAUACACCGGAAGUGAACGAAGUUGAACAGAGGCUGAAAGAAUCUGGGAGUGAGACUGAGGUGGGAGAAAGCGUCGUGUACGAUGGCACAAUGCCAGAGGAUGAGGGUUUCGGUAGGAGGGACAGCAACAUGUCACUGGGGAAUCUUGAGUCCUUAGACGGAGAAAUGGCUUCCGUAGAAGUAGGCUUGGUCGGUGAGGAAGUGAUCGAGUCAGACCGCUCGGACGGGGACAUGACCCUCGCCUCCGACGUCUCGGACAGCAUAACAGGGAGCGAGGGUAACAUCAUAGAAGAAGUUGGCAAGGCGAACCUCAGUCAGGAGGCCCAGGAGACAGUCUAUGAUGGACGCUACUCAAGGAUUGCUGGGAACAUUCUCAAAGAUCUGGACACUUUAACGGGAUACCGGGCAGGGACAGACAGCAGUAGGCGAUCGCGGACGAGGAAUAGUAAUGACUGGGGAUUCUCUGGCGAUAGCAAGUGGAUCGGUGACCGCGGUUUAAGAGGCGCGGAGGAUGGUGGCGAUCCUAACUUCCAUGACCUCAUUGAGGAAGAAAUUUCCGAUGGGGAACUUCAAGAUCAAGCCACUAAUAUCCUCUCUCCAAGAUCGCCCUCGCUAUAUAAACGAGCGAAGUCAGUGUCUUGGUCAGACUUGUGAUUGUACAUCUCCGGUAGUCCC